AUGGAGUGGAUAAAACAUAAAGACUUCCCUGAAGAAAUGACAGCCAACACUCAGAACCUUGACUCGGCUCUCUCAGAAAUGGAGGCAGUUGUCAAUGCAUUAACUUCUGUGCCAUUAACUGAAGUCCAUUCAUGUUUGAAACCUAUAGAACGCUCCAAAUAUGACACCGCUUCUGUGUAUGCUGUGACUUCUCUGUUCUGGGCAUACAUGAAAACGAGAGGGGUUGACCCAAAAACUAAUGGUUUACCAAGGGAGCUUGAGAGAGUAAAGAGUGCAAUUGGCCGAUCUAAGGAGAUCGUGGACAGAGCACUGGCACCUAAAGUUGAUAUCUCAGCAGCCAAGAGGUUCAUUCGUGGUGGUCUCUGGGAUCCUAAAGACAGUGAACAAAAAGAAGGUUCUAAUCAAGAAAAAAAUGAUGUUUCCAAGCCACCACCUAACAAAAGAAUAAGAUUUGAUGAUGCAGGAUCAACAGAACUGAAUAAUGCAGAAAAGUAG